AUGUCGGCCAGCGCUCACAAGGGUCAUCAGGAUAUUGCUAAAACCAAAGCUUGUUUGCGUGAGACAAUGUGGUGGCCAGACAUGUCCAAUGAGUUCGCCAGUGCGGAGUUUCAGAAAUUAGCUACGGCGUACGGAUUUCAUCACAGAACGUCAUCGCGUUUACACUCCCAAGGUAAUGGAUUAGUUGAGUGUAGUGUUCAAACAAUCAAGAGUUUGAUGACAAAGGCCAAGUCUUCGGGAGGAGACUUCUAUCUUGCUCUGUUGGCAUAUCGGACGGCUCCACACGAAGCAACCGGUGUCUCUCCAACCCAUCUGCUAAUGGGUCGCCGCUUGCAUACCACAUUGCCUUCUCUUCCAGGAGUGCUUGCACCGGAAGUGGCCAGACGAGAUACAAUGCAAGAAACAGAUGAACGCAGUAAACAGCAGCAGAGGAAAUACUAUGACCAACGAACUGGAGCUCAACCACUUCCCCAGCUGGACAUUCAUGAUAGGAUGUUAGUCUGGGACACAAUAUGCAAACAUGGAGGAUUCCAGCUACAGUGA